CUGGAAUCUGAUACACCCCAUAUAGACUUCUUCUCAGAAUUAGCGGAUGCACCUCGUCCCUGCUAUCAGCAUAUCCUUGAGAACGACACAAGUCGGCUUGAAGAUCAAAGUGCAAUUGGCUCCUCAGCAUCUGAUGGCGUCUCUACCGGUUCCAGUGUUGGUACUGCUGUUGGAGGGGGAACUCGCCGUUGGAUCUGUGACUGUGCCCAACCCUCGUCUACCGAAUUGGCAGCUGGCCUUUUUUCAUGUGGUCCGGGCUGCAUCAACCGGGCAAUUAACAUCGAAUGCAGCCCACGCUGCCCUGCGGGUGAAGGCUGCUCAAAUAGAGCCUUUAAGCAGAGGUGGUAUGCGCCUUCGCGCCCCUUCUAUGCCGGGCCUGAUAAAGGCUGGGGCUUGAAAGCGCUUGACUUGAUUUCAAAAGGUUCUUUUAUUAUUGAGUACGUUGGCGAAAUGAUAGACUUUAAUGAGUUUCGUCGUCGCGUACGUCAUUAUGAACGUCUUGGCCGGGUACACCACUACUUCAUGGCAGUCAGCCCGGAUCGUUUUAUUGACGCUGGCUCUAAAGGAAAUUGGGCUCGUUUCGUAAACCAUUCAUGCGAGCCUAAUUCGGAGACUCAAAAGGUUAUUUUUUAA